AUGUCGAGUGGACGUGGCCCCCAUGGUCAUGGCUCCCGUGGUCGUGGCACCCGUGGUUGUGGUGCCCGUGAACGAGGCGCUCGAGUUACCCAUCCUACUCGAGCACAUCCUGCUCCCGUUGUUGAGGAUCCGGUUCUUGAGGUCCUGAUCUGGCCUGUUCCUCUAGUUGAGCCCGUAGCGCAUGUACCUCCAGUUGCUUUGGUUCCCCCACCUAUUCCCCCUCCUCAGCCUACUGUUCCAGUUACUGAGGCUCCUGUUCCAUCGGCCGCACCCGUGCCUCAACCCGAGUUUUGCCAAUCGACCGGCAUUCCGUCAGAGGCCAUGUCCGAGGCCUUGGUCAUUUCAACUCCCAUGGGGAAGUCCGUUGUGUUGAGCCAUCGCUGUCCUUCUUGCCUGGUGUUGGUGGGCUAG